AUGACUGGUUGGAUCCCUGAUAAUAUUUCUCCCAAUUGUAGCCUAAAGACUUUAGAUGUGAGUCACAACAAUUUGGUAGGUGGUGUUCCACUUUCUCUAGAGAAUUGCACUUCCUUAGAAGUUAUGAAUGUGAGAAACAAUCAAAUAGUUGGUAAUUUCCCAUGUAUGCUCCCAUCUAGCUUGCGGUUGCUUGUGUUGCGCUCGAACAGAUUCCACGGGGAGAUCACAUGUCAAAAGAGUUGGCCAAGUCUUCAAAUCAUUGACAUAGCUUCCAAUAAUUUCAAUGGCAAUCUAUAUCCUUUCAACUUCACAAAUUGGAGAGGAAUGGUGUUGGAUCGUGAUGCAGAGUUGGACCGUAUCAACUUAGGUUUCAUGGCUUCGUACAUGGGAUUCUACAAAGGGAACGAGGUGACAUUAACCAUUAAAGGGCUAGAGCUCGAGCUUGUCAAGAUUUGGCCAGAGUUUAUCUCUAUUGACUUCUCUUGCAAUAAUUUUCAUGGCGAAAUCCCCAUGGAAAUUGGUGAGCUCAACUCACUCUAUCUUCUCAACUUAUCUCACAAUGCUCUCAGCGGUCGAAUCCCAAAGUCAUUUGGCAAGUUGAGGCAACUUGGAUCACUUGACCUCUCAAUGAACCAGCUCACAGGGGAGAUACCAAAGGAGAUCGCGUCGCUCACAUUCCUCGGUGUGAUGAAUGUAUCUCACAACAAGCUAGUUGGAGAGAUUCCAAUAGGGAAUCAGUUGCAAACAUUUUCUGCUGAUUCAUUUGAAGGGAACACAGGAUUGUGCGGUCUCCCUCUGCACAUUAGCUGCACGAAUCCAUCACUGCGGUUUGUGGAAGUGGAAUCGGAUAGGGAGAUUGAGUGGGAUUAUGUGUUUGUUGCGGCUGGAUAUGUUGUGGGAUUAGGAGGCUUCUCUUGGGUGCUUUUACUUUGUCGAAGUUUUAGGUAUAAGUACUUUGAGAAACUUGAGGAUGUUUUCGAGAAGAUGUUUGAGUGUUGCCAACGCCGGAAAUAG